AUGAUUCUGGACAGAAAGACCCUGCAAGUGUCCCACCUAGGCGGGAUACAAGUGGGCUAUCGUCCAUCAAGGGAGAUCUUGGACCAUUCGAAGCCGACUCUUGUGCUGUUCAAUCCAUUCACCGUUACUGCCGACUACUACCUACCCGAGUUUGAAAAUGAAGCUCUCCUCCACGCAGCUAAUCUAAUUGCAUUGGAGCCUUUGGGCCACGGCCACACGUUUCCGCAAAAGGCAGAAAACUUCACCUACUGGGAUUCUGCUAUUAUGGCACUCCAGGCCUUGGAUAAGCUCGGGGUUGAGCGAGUGUUUGCUGCGGGAACGUCGCAGGGUGGGUGGAUCGCUACGCGAAUGGCUCUUCUUGCGCCCACGAGAGUAUGCGGCCAUCUUACUGGCCCAGGGGCGAUAGUUACUGACGGCCAUGCACAGGUCGGAGGAAUCAUAGCGAUCGGAUCAUCGAUGGACUCCGAGUCCCCGCGAAGCCGCGAACUUGGUUGCUGGGAUGGUCCAGGAGCGACUUCAGGUCUUGUAACGUUGGCUGGCAAUCUUGCUCCCGCUGAUGACUUCGAGCCGGGGAGCGAAUACUGCGACUUCUUGAUGGACAUUGGUUUUGGAAAGUCCGUUGACCAAAAGACCAGGAACUUUUGGUCUGAAUCCAUCAGAUAUAAUUACAGUGGAAGCUCAGGAAGACGAAGAAUCUGUCAAGCAGCGGUCAAUCUUGCCACUCGAGACGGACUGCAUGAGCGACUUCCCUACAUUCGCUGCCCUGUUCUGUGGUUGCAUGGUACGGACGAUGUUGUUUUCAGUACAAGGAACGCCGAGGAAGGCAUCAGACUGUUCGUUAACGCGGCCGAGGCCAGAUUGAUCAAGUUCCCAGGUGGCGUUCAUUUCUUGAGCUGGACCCACAAGGAAGAGGUUGCUCAGGAGCUGCUGACUUUCAUAAACAAAUGGGGAAGAACUUCGAAGGCUUUGCUGUGA